AUGGCCGCCCGGCCGGGAGAGGAAAAUGUAGCUACACUCUACGGGGAUAUCCACUACUUCUAUGGACCGCCAGACAAUAAUCCGCCCCACCACCGCUUCGACAAAGGUUCCUAUGUGUAUCUUUUCGAGGAUGCGAACCAGGGACGGGCUCGGGUGGAGGUUGCCAACAAGGCGGGGACGGAAGAUCAAGAUGCUUUCGAUGGCUAUCUCGACCGAGUCCAUCUUCGCUACUCGUACAAGCAUACCUGCCUUGUAACCCUCACCGUGGGCGAGGUCGAGGGAAACGAUGAGUGGCAUCUGCCCACCUACGACCCCCACAACCAGAACAAGUACCACUACAAAUUGCACUCGCUCGAUAUCUACUUCUGGAUGCCCCAGGAUGCGGUGCAAUUUGUCAACGGGAUUAGGCGCGUGCUCCCCCACGGGCAAUGCGAGGUUCUCGACGAACCUGGCCCGCCGCCGCCUCGCCAGGUUGCGCAGGCCACCGAAAUGAGUUCGGUUGUGCAGAAGCUCGAGCAAGCCGCCAUCUCCGAUUCCGUUCAGGGGACACCGGCCGGUCUCCAAGGCGGUAGCACUUCCGGGGUUCCGUCCUUCCCAGGACCCCCCGUGUCGGCCGUCAACAGCACAGGAGACACGACAUCGCCACCCGCCCAACAAUUUACGCCAAUCGCCUACAACCCAGCUGCACCCCCCGCGCCCGAAGAAAUCCGCCAUCGCGAGAAGACCCCGCCUCCCGAGGACGGCAUUGCCAACCCCCUCCAUCAGACUCUCGCUUACGACGCCGCUACCCCCUUCUCGCCCGGCCUCGUACCCAGCGGCCUCGGCCCCUUGAGUCCCGGCAUCCCGCCCCCAAACCUUCAACACCCGCCCGGCGCGCCUAGUUUCCCAGGUCCGCCUCAGCACAGCGUAACCUCGCCGGGCUUUGCGCCCCAGGGGUUCGGUUCUCUCGGUGGGCAAGCGGCCAGCAUAUCUCAAUACCCACCUGCACACCAAGGCCUCUCCCGCGCCGCAACCAUGCCGGCGCACGGGGGUGUAGGCACCCCGCUGGCUAGCCCCGGGCUCGCAAGCCCUUUCAACGUCGGCACAUUUCCCUCACACGUGCAUGCCCCUUACACCUCCGGCAUCACCCACACACCCACCCCUCCAGCAGCUGGGCUAGUCGGCGUCGGCCCGCCCCCUGGGACGCCAGGGCUUGGACCGGGACAUGCACAGCUGGGACAUGCACCGGGUCAAAACGACUACUCGGUUCAUCAACAAUUUUAUGGGUCUGAAACCCAGUACCAGCCGAAACAAGAGGUCAGGGGAAAGUUGGAAGAGAGGGCUGGGAGGUUGGAGCGGGGCGUGACAGGCAUGUUUAAGAAGAUUGAGAAGAAGCUGGGUUGA